UGGCCCUUCCUUUCACGGGCAUUUGGUUCCCUAAUUCAAAGGGUACAAGCCUUCAAGGCAGCGAGGGACGAAACCACAGCAUCCGACCCUGAUGAAAGACUGUCUCACAGUUACAACAAGCAGAAAAGGAUAUCCUCAAGGCAGUACAGAGUCACUCCUUCAGAGAGGAAAUGCAGACGUUGAAGCAAGCGCAAAACGAUCCCAACGUAACCACCAGCAGGAAAAGCCCGCUCCUGAAGUUGAGCCCGUUUCUCGACAGUGACGGAAUCAUCAGAGUGGGCGGAAGACUUAAGCGCUCAGAUAUGGACUUAGCAACUUGCCAUCCAAUCGUCCUUCCAAAGGAUGGCCAUGUCUCCAAGCUGUUGGCAGAACACUACCACCGCCAGGUACAACACCAAGGCCGACAAUUGACACUGGGGGCUAUAAGAUCAGCAGGCCUGUGGGUAAUUGGGUCCCACAACCUCAUCAGAAGCAUCAUCAACCGAUGCAUCACCUGCAGAAAGCUGAGAGGAAAGCCACUGACCCAGGUCGUGGCUGACCUGCCAGAAGACAGAGUUACAGCAUCACCACCUUUCACCAAUGUUGGCAUGGACGUCUUUGGGCCAUGGACAGUCGUCACCAGAAAGACGAGGGGCGGAACCUCCGAUUCCAAAAGGUGGGCUGUACUCUUCACCUGCCUCUACAGUAGGGCUAUUCAUGUGGAGGUCAUUGAGUCAAUGGAAACGUCAUCAUUUAUAUCUGCCUACCGCAGAUUUGUGGCUGUAAGGGGACCAGUAGCCAAACUGAGGUGCGACAGGGGCACCAACUUUGUCGGUGCAAAACACGAGCUAGACGAAGCCUUUAAGGAGAGUGAUCAUGAACAGGUGGCAUCCUACCUAGCAUCACAACAGUGCCAGUGGGUAUUUAACCCUCCCCACGCUUCACAUUUUGGCGGCGUUUGGGAGCGUCAGAUUGGCACAGUCAGACGUGUCCUCAAUGUGAUGUUUCUGUAA